CGGGUAUCCAUCGAAUCGGUCACAAUUGCCAUCUCUAUGUAGGAGAAUCAAGCAGGAGUGUUUUGACAUGAAGAGCUGAGUCAUCACUGGUUCCAACUCUUAUCUGAUGGCCGGUGAUGAUCCGGUGGCGAGCUGGGAGGCUGUUCAAACGACCAAAAGAGAUCUCUCAUCUUCUCCAACUCCACUCGCUCAACAUAAAAACUUGUCUUGAUCACGACGAGUUGCUAGUCUCCCAAUUCGUAUUGUCCGCUUGUUCGAUAUCGCUUCAUUUCGCGCGAUCGGUAUUUGAAAACACUCCGAUCACUCCAUCGCUCUUCACGUGGAAUUCGUUGAUGAGAGAGUACUCGAAAAGCUCCAGUGAGAUUGAGUCCGUGAAGUUGUUUAUCCGGCUUUUGAGAACAGGAAUAAGACCUGACAAGUUUGUUUUUCCCGCCGUGCUUAAAUCUUGUGGGUGCCGCUCCAUGGUUGGAGCUGGUGGAUCAGUUCAUUCAAUGUCGAUGAAGACUGGGUUUGCUUUUGAUGUGAAUGUGAAUAAUACUCUCCUGAAAAUGUAUGCUGCAUGCGGUGUGAUUGCGUUCGCAAGGAAGGUGUUCGAUGAAAUGCUUGACAGGGACAUGGUUUCUUGGAGCUCUAUGAUUUCUAGCUAUGUUGCUUGUAACCUCCCUUCAGAUGCUAUUGGGGUGUUCAAGGGGAUGAAGCUUGCAAAUGAGAAGGAAAGUUCAAUCACUUUGGUGAGCUUGCUUGCUGCAUGUACCAGUCUCCUAAAUGCCAGACUAGGUGAGUCUAUCCAUUCGCAAAUCCUGACUAAUGGUAUUGAGUUGCAUGUUGGCCUUGGAACAGCCCUCCUUCAGAUGUAUGCAAAGUGCGCCCACAUGGAAAAAGCCUUCCACAUCUUCAAUAUAAUGAACAUCAAGAAUCUGCAGUCAUGGACAAUAAUGAUAUCUGCACUUGCAAAUAAUGGCCAUGGAGAAGAAGCCAUAUCCUUAUUUUCCAGAUUGGAAAAAUCCGGACUGAGACCCGACAGCUUGUCGUUUUCUGCCAUUUUGUCUGCUUGUGGUCACUUAGGGCUUGUGGAUAAAGGGCGUGACUUGUUCAGGAGAAUGACGAGUGUCUAUGAUAUCAAACCAAGUAUGGAACAUUAUGGAUGUAUGGUGGACUUGCUUGGACGUGCGGGUAAGAUAGAGGAAGCUUACAAGGUUAUCAUGCACAUGCCGAUGGAACCGAAUUCUGUAAUACUAAGGAGCUUUAUUAGUGCCUGCAAACAUUAUGAAUGCUUUGUUCCUCAUAUCAAUGAGAACCUUAAGGAACUGUUGCUUAGAAUAGAGCCUGAUAUUGCAGCCAACUAUGUGCUUGCUGCGAAUAUGUCUUCCAACCAGGGUAAUUGGGAUGAUGCAGAUGGACUGCAAACUUGUAUUAAAGAAAAGGGCAUGGAGAAAGUUCCUGGUUGCAGUUGGGUGCAGCGGCUGAUCUAGAUCCUUUAUUAAGCAAGUGUGGGCCAAAAAAUAAAAGAGCAUUUCUCUGUACUUAAAACUGUAUCAUUUUCGAUUGAUUUAGGACUGAGAUGAAGUCACGUUGUUCCUGAAAUUGAUACUCAGAAUCAAAUUACAAAAAAUGAAUUGAAUAGCAUUUGUCUAUCCUUCAUCAAUCAAACAUACUAUUUGUAUACUUUUGGUAUAAUUUUCCCUUUCUCCUCUUCAUCCAAUCAAGUUUCUCCUCCAUAAAACAUGUUUG